AUGGUUAUUAAGCCCAUGCGAUGCGCGAGCAAGGCCGCCGAGAGCGCGUCCGCACGUCUCUGUGCGGACGCCGAAGCAGAAACAACAGCAACUUCUGCGGCACAGGAUGUGCCGCGUCGUACUGCUCAACCAGACCCAGUACGUCGAUCAUCAGUUGGGAGCGGGGCUCCCAAGAAUCCCAGGACGGGGGAUAGCCGCGCCACCGGACGAGAUAACUCGUCCGACGUCCGUUCACGUCGCGGUGGUUCAACAGCUGCUCAGCUAGAUAGCGCUGGCCACCGCGAGAGUCCUCUAAUGGAGGUGGAGGAGGAGGGAAGACGCUCUCCAAACUAUCGUGGGGAUCCGUGUGUUCCCGAGAGUUGCAUUGAUCGCGUAACGCAAGGGUUACGCGACGAUCUCGAACAUGAGCGGAAUAGGCGUCUCCAAAUGGCGGACACUGCCUCGAAGCAUCGAGCUGAGUUUGCCUUUGCUCAGCUUGAGAACGAGAGAUCUCUGACAUCUCUUCGUGACGAGCUAAGGGUAGCUUGUGUGGAUAUGGACCGGUCUCGGGAUGAGAUAACUGCUCUUCAGACCCUUGUCGAUGCCCACCAUCGGGAGCACAAGGCUCUCUGCGAGAUGCUUGAGCGCAAGGGCGUUCUUCAUCGGAAGAAACAGCGUACUGAUGGUACGGCUUAA